CUUUCAUACGUCAAAUUGCGGUGUUGUGCUAGUAUCCAUUCAGUAAAUUGGUUUUUAUAACAUAGAAUUGUUUACUUUAAUAGAAUUAGAACUGUAAAUCACUAACUUUUAAGGCAAUAAAGCUUUUCCUUACUUUUAAUCGUAGAUUAAAUCCAAAAAUGUCUAAGUUAUUUUUUUGCCUUGUUUUAAUAAGCUUAUCUGGUAGCUUAGGGAAAAAAUUUAAAGACGAAGAAAAACCAUCAUGGGCAAAAAAAGAUAUUCGAGAUUUUAGUGAUGCAGAUAUGGAACGUCUUUUUGAUCAAUGGGAAGAAGAUGAAGAACCACUCCCAGAAGACGAAUUGCCUGAGCAUCUCCGCAAACCACCUUCAAUAGAUCUUACUAAAAUGGACAUGAGUAAUCCUGAAUCAGUCCUCCAAGCAACAAAGAAAGGGCAGACCGUAAUGAUGUUUGUUUCGGUAGCUAACAAACCUUCAAAAGCGCGAACUGAGGAACUUACAAAAAUAUGGCAAACAAGUCUUUGGAGCAAUCAUAUACAAGCUGAAAGAUACCUUAUUGAUGAUGACCGAGCUAUAUUCAUGUUUAAAGAUGGGUCACAGGCAUGGACUGCUAAAGAAUACCUGCUGGAACAAGAUGAGCUCAAGGAAGUCCAAUUAGAAAGUCAGACAUAUCCUGGGAAAAAUCCUGAUGUGAAAAAUACAGCUGUAAGAGAUGAAUUAUAAUUUUCUUAGUGAAAAUUAGGGUUUUUAUUACAUGGUCUUCUCUUACACAUACAAUUUUUGUAAUUUGCAUAUAUAAGUAUUGAAACUGGUUUAUUAUACCUGUAUUCAUAUAGAUAAACAUUGUAUAAUCAUAACUGAAAGGCGUCUUUCUGAUAACCUUUAUAAAAAUUGUAAACUUAUAGUUAUUUAUCAGCAUACUGCUUACAUUGCAUUUAAUCAGUACUUUUCUUUUAUUUUAAGGAGUUUGUAAUUAGCUAAUGGAGAUGGGUUUUGAACGAUAUGUUUGUAUAUGUGUUCUUAUAAGUUUCUAAUUUCUACUUUCGAAGAUCUGUUAAUUUAUAGUCAUUUAAAUAACUUUAAAAUAAAUAUAUUUCAGGUUUAUAUAAAAAGUUCUGUUGUAAGUGUUUAAUAGUCAUCAAAUAAAUAUAAUUUUUUGUAUUAACUACAUAAUUC